GUCACACACAACAGAACGGUAUCACUUGGUCUCGUCUCGUUGUUCUACACGAGACUUCUUCUUGCACUCUAGGUUCUUUAGUAUACUAAUUGCAUCGUAAGUUGUUUUUUUUUCUCCGCGGUUGUUGCCUCACUCUUUUGUGUGAAUGACGCGCAAUUCAAAACUUUAUUUCGAGUGCUAAUAAAUAAAUGACUUAUCGCUCAAAACUUUUUCGUGCGUUUUCUUCGGAAACAUUGUUCGCGAGUUAAAAAAAAAUACAUAUAUAUAUUACAAAUCAAACAGAAGAUUUGUUAAUUUUCUUUCUCUUCUGCCUCUUUUAUUUUUGCAAAAAAAAAAAAAACAAAAAUUAUAUACCCUGUGUUGUACGAGCUUUCUCUUUUGUGUCGGACAACUCUGUCACACACGUUGUGAACGACGCGUUUUUUUGUCAUAAAUCAUCUUUACGAUUCUUUAAGUCUCCAAAGGGAGAAAAGACCUUUAUCUUCUUUGUCGGUCGCAUCGCGCUACUAUACAUCAUUCGUGCCAUCCGUGAGCCGACUGUCACCACCGCCACCCCCGUUGCCUGCUGCCACCGCCACCGUCGUCGUUAUCAUCACCGCCGCCACCGCCGCCGCGAUCAUAGUAACCGUAUACACAGUCGCGUAUCUUUCGAGUAUCUCGAGUGUCCAGUAUCCUCGAAUUCGCGAAUGCGAAGCACGACUCCGAUAAACCUCGCCGGUCGUCGUUUCUCGUUACGAUGUUAUUACUCGCGGUGAUCGGGUUCGUCCUCCUUGCUGGUACAACGACCGCAGAGGUGUUCACGAACACGUUUCUGGUGAGGAUGCGGCAGCCAGCGGAGAAUCAUGUAGCGGAUCGCGUAGCAUUAAGAAACGGCUUCGUCAAUCUUGGCCCGGUUUUGGGCAGUCGGAUAGAAUAUCAUUUCGUACAUAAAACUUUACCCCAUGUACGAAGCAAAAGAUCCGUGCCGCACACACGAAAACUAAAGGUCGAUCCUAUGGUAGCCACGGCCAUACAGCAGGCUGGUUUCAAGAGAGUGAAAAGGGGCUACAAACCUCUGAGCGUAGAUAACCUCGUGCCGUUGUACGAAAUUACGAAUCCUGGAAACAAGGAUCCGACGGAUCCCUUCUUCAAAUAUCAAUGGUACCUGAAAAACGUCGGCCAAAAUGGCGGUAAGCCGAAAUUGGAUCUGAAUGUCGAGGCGGCGUGGGCCCAGGGCGUAACGGGAAAAAAUGUGACAACAGCCAUUAUGGACGAUGGUGUCGACUACAUGCAUCCGGAUCUCAAGUUUAAUUAUAAUGCUAAAGCUUCUUACGACUUUAGCAGCAAUGAUCCUUAUCCAUAUCCGAGAUACACCGAUGAUUGGUUUAACAGUCAUGGUACACGAUGCGCCGGAGAAGUCGCAGCUGCGCGCGACAACGGAGUUUGCGGUGUUGGAGUGGCGUACGAUUCCAAAAUCGCCGGCAUCCGAAUGUUGGAUCAGCCCUACAUGACCGAUCUGAUCGAGGCGAACAGCAUGGGUCACGAGCCGGAUCUCAUUGACAUUUACAGCGCCAGCUGGGGACCCACCGAUGACGGGAAGACGGUGGACGGUCCGCGAAACGCGACGAUGAGAGCUAUUGUUCGCGGCGUUAAUGAGGGCAGAAACGGAUUGGGUAACAUUUACGUUUGGGCUUCCGGAGACGGCGGAGAAGAGGACGAUUGUAACUGCGACGGAUACGCCGCGAGCAUGUGGACCAUCAGCAUCAACAGCGCAAUUAACGACGGCCAGAACGCGCAUUACGACGAGAGUUGUUCCAGUACUUUAGCCUCUACCUUCAGCAACGGUGCCAAAGAUCCCAAUACCGGAGUGGCUACUACAGAUCUGUAUGGGAAAUGCACGACGACUCACAGUGGAACAUCCGCCGCGGCACCUGAGGCCGCGGGAGUGUUCGCGCUUGCUCUCGAAGCCAAUCCGCAAUUAACCUGGAGAGACAUUCAGCAUUUGACUGUCCUAACAUCGAAAAGGAAUUCUCUGUUUGACGCGAAGAACAGAUUUCAUUGGACAAUGAAUGGCGUUGGGCUCGAAUUUAAUCAUCUUUUCGGAUAUGGCGUUUUGGACGCGGGUGCUAUGGUGGCGCUGGCUAAAAAGUGGAAGACCGUGCCGCCUCGGUAUCAUUGCGAAGCUGGCUCUAUGCUCGAGAUACAAAAAGUAACAAGCGACCGAUCAAUUCUCGUGAAAAUCAAAACCGAUGCGUGCGCCGGCACGGAAUACGCCGUCAAUUAUCUGGAACACGUACAGGCUGUCAUUUCUGUAAACGCAACUCGGCGAGGCGACCUCGAACUGUUCCUUACAUCCCCGAUGGGUACAAGAUCCAUGAUCUUGAGUCGCAGAAUAAACGAUGACGAUCACAGAGAUGGAUUUACAAAGUGGCCGUUUAUGACAACGCACACAUGGGGCGAAUAUCCGCAAGGAACAUGGUUGUUAGAGGUAAGCUUCAACACUCAAACACCUCAACACGGAUGGCUGAGAGAAUGGACACUGAUGCUACACGGAACCAGAGAACCGCCGUACACGGGUCUGUCAACCGCGGAUCCUCACUCGAAGUUAGCGAUUGUGAAAAAGGCCCACGAGGAGCGAUUGAGCGCGAUCUAAAUGAUGUUAAUACGGUUUACACGAUUUAUCGCCGAUUCACCGAGAAAAUGAAAAAAAUAUAUUUCGAUCAAAAAGUGUUUACGCGAGCAUUCUCUUUUCGGUUUUCCUUGGUUUCGUUGUAACCAAAAAUAAUACGCGAUCUCGAUUUAUCCGUUUGAUUAAUCAAAGAGCGCUUUUCAGUUUACACAUGUAAGACAUUUAUUACCAGCAAGCUCUUCUUUUGUUUUGUAUCGUUUAUAUUUAAAUAACAAAGAUAAGAUUUAAUGUGUAUAAUCGUUAUUUUUAUUUUUGCUUAUAUAUCAGAAGUAAAGCAUCGACUUUUACAACAGAUUAAUCAAAUUCUGAUGCAGUUAAACCAGUGACCAACUAUAUAGCGUUUGUCUGAUGACAUUUUUUCGCACACAAUCCCGCGCAUGCCACAAACACCGGGGAACACUCAAAGCAGCUAGUAGGAUCCAAGUACGUGUGGCCGAUUGUAUCGCUCGUACCGAGAUUUAAGUAUUUUAUAGUCAUAAGUUUUUGUUUUACUAUCACUUAUUUUAAUACGUUGAGUUAUUCGUGUUAAAAAAAAAUUUGUGAACUUACAAAACAUUAAAUAAUCGGAAGAGACGAUAAGUUUGCAAACAUUCUUUGAUAUAUAGUUUGUUAUUCCUCCUUUUUAUUUUGUUUUUACAAAUUAUCGAGUGUAUAUACACACACACGUAUUUAAUCGACUUCCAAUUUUUUUUUUUAUGGAAAAAUUUUUGUGUUAUGUUUUUAAAAAUGUAAAUUUCUUACAUAUCAUUUUCAGUACUGGAGAAUACUUUUUUGUUUAACGCCCUACUACCGAAAAGUUAAAUCAUCAAUUUUGUUACGCAAAAUAUCAUCUAAAUUAUUAUCUAAAAAAUUAUUAAUCUUUCCGGCAGAUGUUAUCCGAUAUAUUUGCGAUCAAUCAUAUCCUUCAUAAUGGUACGCUUCUCGUUACCAAAUAUCAAAGUUGAGUAAUGGUGUUUGUGUGUGUGUGUGUGUGUGUUUGUGUGCGAUGUAAUUAAGAGGAUAAUUAUUAAGAAAGAAUACCGUUUAGUUAAAGUUGUGUAUGCGCGCGCGCGCGUCAACAACUUUUCGAAGAGUUCUCAAGUUCGCAACGAUCGAAAUUUGAUGACUAAGGAAAGAAGUUUUAGUAUGUAAUUACUCACCAUAGCAGAAUAAAUUAUUCUUUUCUCUGACAGAGCGGUGAACUUAAAGCAUUAGCGUUACUUGGACGUUAUCGAAUCGAUAGCGUCUACACAAAAAAAGAAACCAACACCGAGUACUCUGGGAACAAGAGAGUGUAAUCAUUAAUCGUUCUCGUAACUUGAUAAUUCGUCUUGCACCAAAAAAAAAAAAAAAAAAGAAAAAAAACCAAAAGUUGUAUAAUAUAUAAGAGUCAACACAAAAUUAUAUCCGCAUAUCAUUUUUUAACAGAGGAUCAUAAAAAACAAAAGAACUGUAGCAGUUUAAAGAACGAACGUUAAUAAAUAUCUUUUUUUUUU